UCCACCGAGCAGGUCCUUCGCGCGAUAAUAUUUCAAUAACGAUAAUAAUAAUAAAUAUGAUAGGAAAGACGCUGGCCGUUAACAGUAAUCGGCGGGACACCACAAAAAUGCACAUGCAACAUCAAGAUCAACCGCCGUUGGACAGUAAGCAGACUUUCGUUGCCGCAUCGUACUUACCAGCCAACUGCGGUACGACAACUAUCGAUGUGACGGAUGUUCUCUACAGCGGUAGUUUGCACUUGUUGUCAUCAGGAAAUGAUAAUGCGUCUUCGUCAACCGGAAGUAAAACGAAACACUUAGUGUCCGUGGACGAUGCGGGACGAUUGGUGUACGUGAAUGGUCACCGCUGUUCCGCGGCCGACUGCAGCUGUUGGAUACUGUCCGUGCCGCUGGCCGAAGACUGUCAUGCGUAUAACUGCCGGUUGUCGCUUCUUGCCGUCGGUGCCGUAGGGCUAUACACCACUACCGCUGUAAUGCCCGGACAACCACUCAAGAUGUGGUUCCCACCUGAUCUCCAACUCAUGCUGCACGUGCCGUUUCUCACACCCGUCAACAUAAAAGACGAGAGGAAGUACGUGUGUCAUAAGUGUGGUUACACGUGCGAAAAGCCCAACCCACUGAAAAUCCACAUGGCACUAGACUGCGAUAAACGACCGCGCGCUAAACUCUGGUCCAGAUUGACUGCCGACCACUGCGGAAGCAGCCAGACGAUCGAAGCGUCGUUUCGGUUCAGUUUAACGUCGGCCGAGUCACAAACGCCCUUAUCGUCCACCUCUGCAGACUCAGCAUUCCAACCUUACUCACCCGAAUCGUUGGCCAGCAGUGGUGGCUGUCCGAUACCACUAUCACCACUGCGGCCACAACCACCGGCACCGCCGUCAUCUUCGUCGUCCGACCAAACACCACUGCAGGACGAACAACUCGGACAAGUGAUCGGCGGUAAAGAUUCAGUAUUCUUCAACCAGCGUUGUGCUGAGAUGGAAACUAUCGUCAGCAAUCUCGGACACUCCGACCAAGGGCACCUAUGCAUAUACUGCGGAAAAGUCUACUCCAGGAAGUACGGACUCAAGAUUCACAUCAGAACUCACACUGGUUUUAAGCCACUAAAAUGCAAGUAUUGCUAUCGACCGUUCGGCGACCCAAGCAACUUGAAUAAACACGUGCGAUUGCACGCCGAAGGGGACACUCCUUACAAGUGCGAUUGUUGUGGUAAAAUUCUGGUACGUAAGAGGGACCUCGACAGGCAUAUGAAAUCAAGACACGCACAGGUUAUACAGAAAAACGUGUAUAAAAUGCACGUAUCCAUAUGACAAUACACAU